CUGUGUCACGUGACGGGGGCAGGCAGCUUCUGAGCUAGCAGCUAACGGUUAGCCUUGCUGGACGGUACCGAGCGGAGCGGAAACAGGACUGGAGACUUCAUAUCAGACGGGUUGUUCGGUAGCAGCUUGAUCCAGUUCCCCGUUUCCUCAGGUCCGGGCUGUUGUUCACCGGGAACAUGUCGGCGGUGCAGCGGAUGAAGGUGGCGAACGAACGGCACAGCAAGACGAUCACACAGCGGGGACACGUCCAGAAGACAUCGAGACCUGUUAACGAGGACAAGUCUCCGGUGGGGCCGUGGCUGCUGGCGCUCUUCGUCUUUGUGGUUUGUGGAUCAGCCAUCUUUCAAAUCAUCCAGAGCAUCCGACAGGGCAUGUGAUGACCUCUGACCCCAGAGCCAAGCCUGCCUUCAGGACCCCAACACACACACACACACACGUUUUUCUGUCUAUGUGGGGCCUUUUGUUUACCUGCUGCCUGUUUAUAAACUUUGGAAUAAAUAAUGAGCUUUUUAACCUUAUUUAACCAGAUGAGUCCUUCUCAUCUACGAUGACAUCAUCUGGUUAAGAGGAAGCGACAGAGACACAAGUAGCUUUGGACCGGGAACAGACAUGUUAGAUAAAAACACUGUCCCCACUCCUCAGACAUGUCCCCACUCCUCAGACAUGUCCCCACUGCUCAGACCUGUCCCCUCUGCUCAGACCUGUCCCCUCUGCUCAGACCUGUCCCCACUCCUCAGACAUGUCCCCUCUGCUCAGACCUGUCCCCACUCAUCAGACCUGUCCCCUCUGCUCAGACCUGUCCCCACUCCUCAGACAUGUCCCCACUCCUCAGACAUGUCCCCACUCCUCAGACAUGUCCCCACUCCUCAGACAUGUCCCCACUCCUCAGACAUGUCCCCACUCCUCAGACAUGUCCCCACUCAUCAGACCUGUCCCCUCUGCUCAGACCUGUCCCCUCUGCUCAGACCUGUCCCCACUCCUCAGACAUGUCCCCACUGCUCAGACCUGUCCCCACUCCUCAGACAUGUCCCCACUCCUCAGACAUGUCCCCUCUGCUCAGACCUGUCCCCACUCAUCAGACAUGUCCCCUCUGCUCAGACCUGUCCCCACUCAUCAGACCUGUCCCCUCUGCUCAGACCUGUCCCCACUCCUCAGACAUGUCCCCACUCCUCAGACAUGUCCCCACUCCUCAGACAUGUCCCCACUCCUCAGACAUGUCCCCACUCCUCAGACAUGUCCCCACUCCUCAGACAUGUCCCCACUCCUCAGACCUGUCCCCACUCAUCAGACCUGUCCCCUCUGCUCAGACCUGUCCCCUCUGCUCAGACCUGUCCCCACUCCUCAGACAUGUCCCCACUCCUCAGACAUGUCCCCACUCCUCAGACAUUUCCCCACUCCUCAGACAUGUCCCCACUCAUCAGACCUGUCCCCUCUGCUCAGACCUGUCCCCUCUGCUCAGACCUGUCCCCUCUGCUCAGACCUGUCCCCAAUCCUCAGACCUGUCCCCUCUGCUCAGACAUGUCCACACACCUCUGACCUGUCCCCAAUCCUCAGACCUGUCCCCUCUGCUCAGACCUGUCCCCAAUCCUCAGACCUGUCCCCUCUGCUCAGACCUGUCCCCACUCCUCAGACCUGUCCCCACUCCUCAGACAUGUCCACACACCUCAGACCUGUCCCCUCUGCUCAGACCUGUCCCCUCUGCUCAGACCUGUCCCCUCUCCUCAGACCUGUCCCCUCUGCUCAGACCUGUCCCCUCUCCUCAGACCUGUCCCCUCUGCUCAGACAUGUCCACACACCUCAGACCUGUCCCCUCUCCUCAGACCUGUCCCCUCUGCUCAGACCUGUCCCCUCUGCUCAGACCUGUCCCCUCUGCUCAGACCUGUCCCCUCUGCUCAGACCUGUCCCCUCUGCUCAGACAUGUCCCCACUGCUCAGACCUGUCCCCACUCCUCAGACAUGUCCCCACUGCUCAGACAUGUCCCCACUCAUCAGACCUGUCCCCACUCCUCAGACAUGUCCCCACUCCUCAGACAUGUCCCCACUCCUCAGACAUGUCCCCACUCAUCAGACCUGUCCCCUCUGCUCAGACCUGUCCCCUCUGCUCAGACCUGUCCCCACUCCUCAGACAUGUCCCCACUCCUCAGACAUGUCCCCACUCCUCAGACAUUUCCCCACUCCUCAGACAUGUCCCCACUCAUCAGACCUGUCCCCUCUGCUCAGACCUGUCCCCUCUGCUCAGACAUGUCCACACACCUCUGACCUGUCCCCAAUCCUCAGACCUGUCCCCUCUGCUCAGACCUGUCCCCAAUCCUCAGACCUGUCCCCUCUGCUCAGACCUGUCCCCACUCCUCAGACCUGUCCCCACUCCUCAGACAUGUCCACACACCUCAGACCUGUCCCCUCUGCUCAGACCUGUCCCCUCUGCUCAGACCUGUCCCCUCUCCUCAGACCUGUCCCCUCUGCUCAGACCUGUCCCCUCUCCUCAGACCUGUCCCCUCUGCUCAGACAUGUCCACACACCUCAGACCUGUCCCCUCUCCUCAGACCUGUCCCCUCUGCUCAGACCUGUCCCCUCUGCUCAGACCUGUCCCCUCUGCUCAGACCUGUCCACACACCUCAGACCUGUCCCCUCUGCUCAGACCUGUCCCCUCUGCUCAGACAUGUCCCCACUGCUCAGACCUGUCCCCACUCCUCAGACAUGUCCCCACUGCUCAGACAUGUCCCCACUCAUCAGACCUGUCCCCUCUGCUCAGACCUGUCCCCUCUGCUCAGACCUGUCCCCUCUGCUCAGACCUGUCCCCUCUGCUCAGACCUGUCCCCUCUCCUCAGACCUGUCCCCUCUGCUCAGACCUGUCCCCUCUCCUCAGACCUGUCCCCUCUGCUCAGACCCGACCCUGCUGUACUGAUGUAAAGCUCCCGUUGUCCCCACAACGACAGAAGGACAGGAAGACCUGAAUAUCUGCUGUUUUAACUUUCUCUGUGAAGCUGAUCCCUGAUCAGCCUUUGAUGUUUUAAUGCUACUUCCUGUCAGCCGUCCAGCUGCCUGUCUCUGAUUUAAAGGACAUUCUGCUGUUUGACCCCAGACAGGAAGUGGGGGGGGGGGGUAUUUAUAGAUAUUUAUGGAGCUCUGAUAGCGGUCGUCUCUAAAGCCAUAAACCAGAUGUUUGACUAAAGAAAUGAAGUAACAGGUCCAGCUUCCUGUAAGCUAACCCACAGCUUCCUGUCAGACUUUCAGAAUAAAACUGUUCCUGGUGAAGACCUGAAAGGGUUCUGGGUCAGGAGGAACAGUUCUAUGAGACGUUUUUCCUUCCAUGGUGUGAAACAGCAGACUGGUCCUUUAGGUUGGGUCUGGACCCAAAAGAACCAGUUCUGCUUUCAGUGUAGAACACCGUCAUGUGACCAUGAGGAUCCUAUCAGACACCUGCUGGACGUCCUGACACUUUUAUACAAAAUAAACAUGAAAUAUUUUCUCUA